CCUCCCUCUCUAUUCCCCCCCCCCAACCCGCUCCUAUUAGGGUUUCAAUUCUCUCUCUCUCUUCACUCCCAUUGCCUACAACAAAAUAAUUUUUCUCGGCAAGCUACCUAGCCACAAGGCAAACUUCAGCUUCUCAAGAGAGAGAGAGAGAUGGCGUCGUCGUCGUCGAGCUCUUACAAUUCUCCAUGUGCUGCCUGCAAGUUCCUCAGGAGAAAAUGCUUGCCAGGUUGUAUUUUCGCUCCUUACUUCCCACCCGAAGAGCCUCAGAAAUUCGCCAACGUCCACAAAAUAUUCGGUGCCAGUAACGUCACGAAGCUCCUCAACGAGCUCCCUCCUCACCAGCGAGAAGACGCCGUCAAUUCCCUCGCCUACGAGGCCGAGGCUCGCGUCAGAGACCCCGUCUACGGCUGCGUCGGCGCCAUCACUUUCCUCCAGAAACAGGUCCAGAGGCUUCAGAAGGAGCUCGACGCCGCUAACGCCGACCUGCUCCGUUAUGCCUGCAACGACAUUGCGUCGCAGCCUGGAGUGACCUCCUGUGUGCCUCAACGGCAAAGGCCUGUGGACUUUGCUGGCGGUGGUGGCUCUUCUGAUGCCCUUUAUAGACAAUCUUCGAGCAGUUAUUCUCUUCCUUAUUCUCUUCCCUGGGCUGAUUCUUCUUCAGAGGAGUUCAAUGGAGGGGGAGGAGAAGGUAAUAAUUUGUGAAUUUGAGUAGCAGAAAUAGAAAACCCUUCUAGGGUUUCUACUUUGUGCUAUAGCUUUACCUGCCAUUGCACUAUGAUCUAAUUUAUAUCUGACUUCAUAUAUAUCUAGUUAUAUAUGGACUCUUGCUCUUACGUGACCCGAGGUCUCUCUGAAAGAAAAUUUAGGCAAACUUUUCUAGUUAAUUUGUUUGAUCAUGAUAUAAUAAUAAUCGGAGAUUUAUUUUCCUUCCUUGCAGCUUCAUUACAUGAUUAAGUUUUAAAAAGUCUGCCUACUAUACUGCUUCUUUGUCCUUUAGAUGAUUCUAUAAUUGCAGGGGAAUUUUAGUGUGGUUAGGUGUAGUGACCCCAACCCAAAAAAAAAAAAAUUGUGGUUACGUAGGGCAAUAAUUUUAUACGUAUUUUUAGGAGCUAAGUUGGCAUGUGCAAAUAGGCAUGCGGAU